AUGAACCGUGUCACACACCUGACCCUUGGCGACACCGGACGCCCUGAGGACCGCGUCGUGCGCAUUGUCAACCUCCACUACGAGACCGACAGCGAUGACAUCCACAAGUUCUUCGGCAACGACUUCACCAUCGUUGACUUCAUCCGUAGUGUCAAUCCGAAGACGAACAAGAACACUGUGGACUACGUUCUGUUCGCGAUUGAGCACGAGCGCAUCAACGCACAAACUCUGUCUGGUCGCCAGAUUCUCGAUCGCCAAGUCAAGGUCCUCUCCGCUCAAGGCGCUUCCGCAUCGAUGAGCAGGGCUUCAUGCUUUCCUCUGACGGAGAACGUCGUUACCUUUUCUGCCCACGCGCGUGGUCUCGUAGCCAGCAACACCUCUCGCCCUAAAACUCCUUCUAGCGCAUUCUUACGUGAAGGCAUCCAGACUGCUCCACCGAGCACGUUCAGCCAGGCUCCUGCCCCAGCGCCAACCAGCAACAACCACAAAUUUCACACUUUGCUUGGCCAGCUCGGGAUGGCAGACAGCGGAGUGCAGCAGCAGGUGCAACCCAAGACGCGCAUCGAUCGCGAGCAAGAAGUCAAGGCCACUCGAAAAGCUGAACACGAGCGCCAGGCAAGGAAGACUGAGUAUAUAUGGGAUCUGCCUCAUGAGGAGCUUACAAAGCGCUAUCUCGGUCAGCAACGUACGCUGUUGCAAAUGCCGUCUGGUGUUGAGGGACCUGGUCAGGUAAUCACUGGCCCUCCAAUGACGCCACCCGUUGGUUACUCGUCUCCCUUCGCUUGUCUUCUCGGCUCUGUGCCUCGUGGCCCUCCGCCCGGCAUCGACACUAGCUUCCGCCCCCGUGAGUACAGCUGGAAUCUGAGCGGCAACCAGGAUCCUGCACGUCACAUCAUCUCUGAGGAAGCCUGGUAUGGUGGCGUACAGGCACCCCAACAUCGCAAGGAAGAGGAGGAGUAGUCCGGAUCCACCACCGUCCAGCGCAUCAUGGCCGAGGGCGGUAUCCUCGAGGACAGCGAGAAGGACGUUAAGAAGGGUGACGGGUAAGCUUGUGUGGUGUUCGGUGUUUGGUAUCUGUCGUUCUCUUGGUGGUUCCUUCGCUUUCCCUGACGUGUCUGAUGAACCAGGUAUCUUUCUCAGUUGUCGAUUCUUCGUGUUUGAGGCGGCAGACGUUUUACAGGUCCGAAAGGAUUUUGGUUUCAAUUCACGCACGGCGAUCAUGUAGCUUCGCCACUUCUUAGCGAGCCUUCUGAGAGCUGUAAUGCUUCCGAUUGAAAAAGUUUUGUCAUGUAUGCAC